ACGAGUAGUUGGUGUUUUUCAAGAGACACAGAAAAGCUCAGGCUGAGAAAGUGGCUCAACAAAUGAAAGCCACUCUGUAAUCUCUUAACCUCUUCGCCACCUCCCACAUUUUUCGCUCUCUCUCACAUUGCUACCAACCAAACUCCAUUGGGCCAUUCACUUUUUGGUCUCUUUUCUCUCAUACCUUUACUUUCAGACUUGGGGAAAAACCUCUAGUCUCGUCUCUCAUUUUCCACUUUUGUCUCUGAUGGAUUAAGGUAUCCAGAUCCCAUGGAUCUUUUUGAUUAAGAUCUUGGUUAUUUGGGAUAUAUACAAGAUAUCCCAUUUUGAUUAAAUGGGUAUAUCCUUUUCUAGCCCACUUGCCGACCUUGAUGAUUUGGUUAGUAGCUAUGAAGCUAUAAUUGUAAGAUCAGUUAGUUCAGUAGUGAGGAACAUGUUGCGAUCAGUCGGUUUCAACAUCCGCGAUUCAGAUUCCACUAAGUUGAAAUCAUUUGGUUCAAGAAAGAUGAUACUGGAAGGAUCACUUAGCUUUAAAGGGAGGGAGUUAGAGACUGUGUUCUCAUUCAAAACUCCUACUGCAGAAAUAGAAAAUGAUGUGUUUGGAAGAUGUGUGAGCUCUAAGACUAGAGAUUUUGUUGACCAAUUGGCAAAAUCAGAUAGCUUAUCUGAGAAAAAUCACCAGACACCAUUGUUAAAGAAUAAUAGAAACAAGGCUGCAUUGAAGUUGCAGAAAGUGUACAAGAGUUUCCGAACAAGGAGACGGUUGGCAGAUUGUGCAGUUCUUGUGGAACAAAGCUGGUGGAAACUGCUAGAUUUUGCAGAACUGAAGCGAAGCUCUAUAUCAUUCUUUGACAUCGGGAAACCAGAGACAGCUGUUUCACGCUGGUCAAGGGCAAGAACUAGAGCUGCUAAGGUGGGAAAAGGCUUAUGUAAGGUUGGAAACGCUAAGAAACUUGCUUUACAACAUUGGCUUGAGGCAGUAAGUCUCAUGCUUAAAGUAAAUCUUUGGACAAAACUACUAGUUUUAUUUGUGGCCUGUUUUCAAUCUUGUUAUUCUCCUAAACAGAUUGAUCCUCGCCAUCGCUAUGGCCAUAAUCUUCAAUUUUAUUAUGUGAAAUGGCUCCACUGUGAGAGUAGACAGCCCUUCUUCUACUGGCUUGAUGUGGGAGAAGGAAAAGAAGUCAAUCAUGAGAGAUGUCCUCGAUCGAAGCUUCAGCAGCAAUGCAUUAAAUAUCUUGGUCCGGCAGAAAGGAAGGCUUAUGAAGUUGUGGUGCAAGAUGGGAAACUUGUCUACAAGCAGAGUGGUGAAAACCUUCAUACAGAAGGAGGACCCAAAGAUGCUAAGUGGAUCUUUGUCCUUAGUACAUCCAAGACCUUAUACGUUGGGCUGAAGAACAAGGGCACAUUUCAACAUUCAAGUUUCUUGGCAGGUGGAGCCACAUUAUCUGCUGGAAGAUUAGUAGUGGAAGAUGGCAUCUUGAAGGCAGUUUGGCCACACAGUGGGCAUUAUCGACCGACAGAAGAAAAUUUUCAGGAACUCAUGUCGUUCCUUAAGGAACACAACGUAGAUCUCACUAAUGUAAAGGUAGAGCAUGCAGACUUUGUUCUCAAUAAAUUUUUAAAGUUCACCCUGUACAAUCUUAUUUUUGUGGCUAGCAACAACAGAUAUAAAUCCAUCUUUCUGCAAAUAUUGGAACUGCAAAUAGUGAAAAGCCCAGGUGAAGAAGAAGAAGAAGAAGCCCCUUAUAAAAAGGGCAGCGACAUUUGCCUUUGGAGCAAUUCAACAGAAGCAGAUUUAUCUCAGGAUACUGAAUCUAUUAGUGAAAAUUUGUCAGCUACAGAGCGCAGUGAUUCCAGAGACCAGGAUUCUAAUGCUGCAGAACUUCCCACACCAUCCAUGCCAAGAUUGUCAGGAGAUAUAUACCCAAAAAUGAACAGGCUUAAAAUACCAAAUCAACAUGAUGAAUUUGCCAAUUUUAGGAGUGAAAAACAUAGACCAAGUUGCCACACUGACCCUCCAAAUUUGUCUUCAGGAGAUGGAUAUGAAACAGCAGAAGAAUCACUUUCAUCUGAAGAAGAUUUCAUGGUUCCAAAAAUGAACCUGUUUGAUGGAUAUCAAGAAGAAGAUGAUCAGCAGCCAAUUCCAAAAGAAAAAAUCCUGCAAAGGAUAGAUUCACAUAAAGGAAUGAAGUCAUAUCAGUUGGGUAAACAAUUAUCCAGUAAAUGGGCAACUGGUGCGGGGCCACGAAUUGGUUGCAUGAGAGACUAUCCUUCUGAGCUUCAGGCCCGGGUUCUGGAGCAAUCCAACUUGUCCCCAAAAUCAAGAAGUGCUAAUGCAUCACCCCGGAGCUUUUCUCGCUUCAGCACAAUGGAUACUACUCCAUUUUCUUUGUCUAGAGAGACAACUGCAGGCAGAAGUUCCCUUGCUCCAGAGCAAGUAACACUGUCUCAAACAACUUUAUAGAUAUCACCAAAUAUAAAUAUAGAUGAAAUCACAAUCCAUAAUGGAUUUUAUUAUAUAAUACUGGGGUAGAGAAGAGGAUAUAGUACUUAUUAAAAGAAAAAGAAAAAAGAAGAGGAUAUAGGGAUUUUUUGCAUUCUUUUAUAUGCCAUUGUUUUCCACAUUUUUUGUAGAUUAUGGUGGGGAUGGAAUGAGAAUUGAAGAGGUUCUGCAGGAUGUGCUGCGGCUGCCCUUCAAUCUUAGAAGAGAAGAGACCCAUUUUAAUUCUUUAUGAUGUAUGUACUAAUAAAAAAAACAAAAAUUAUGAUGUAUGUAGGUCCUAUAUUGAAAUCAUAAAGCCAAAAUCACUGUUAAGAUAUCAAAGUGUAUUUUCUUUUCUGU